AUGUCAAGACAUUCGAGAGAGAUUAAUUUAUUAGAGAAAAUAAAUAAUAUCGACGAAGAUUGUUCGAAAGAUGAUUAAGAGUUUUCCGAUAUUGAUAAUGAUAUAGCAGAAAAUAAUUGUGACUUAUUUGAUAGCGAUUCGGACGAAGAGAAUAUUUUGAAUAUACGAAGAGGACAAAAAAGAAAGAGAUUCAUAGUUAGUUCCGAAAGCGAAAAUAAAGAAAAUAUUGAAACUGCUAUAGACGGAAAUGUUUGGGAAAAAAUAAAAGGAGGAACACCGAUUUAUAAUAUUUUCAAGGAAAUAUCAGGACCGACAGGAUACGCUAAUAAAAAUAUCAUAAAGGACGGAAUUGAAUCAGCAUUUUCCUUGAUUAUUGAUCAUAACAUGAUUGAACGUAUAAGAAAAUAUACUGAAUUAGAAGCAUUUCGAGUUUUGAAAACGAAAUGGAAAGUAUCAACUGCGAAAUUAUAUGCAUUUAUUGGACUUCUAUAUGCAUGCGGCGCAUAUGAGGCUAAAAAUAUGGAUGUAUCAUAUUUAUGGAACACGAAAUGGGGUCCGUCAUUUUUCUCGAAAAUUAUGAGCCGAAAUGACUUUGUAGAAAUCAUGAGAUUUAUUAGGUUUGACAACAAGAAUAAGCAAAGCUAACGCUUACAAAACGAUAAGUUCGCUUUGAUCUCUGAAGUUUGGUACAAAUUUAUCGAAAACAGUCAAAACUGUUAUAAACCAGGAAAAUAUGUUGUUAUAGAUGAACAAUUGUUUCUUACAAAAGCACGUUGUAGAUUUACUCAUACAUGCCCAACAAACCGGAUAAAUUUGGCAUAAAAUUCUGGUUAGCUUCUGAUGUGAGUAGUAAGUAUAUAGUGAACGGCUUUCCAUAUUUAAGAAAAGAUGAAGGGAGA